AGAUUUAUUACAGCGCGCAACAGCUGAUCUGAUCUGAUAACAUGCUUAUUAAUAUUAUUUUCUUCCAAAUUGUAAAUAAUAACAGCACGAGAUCUGAAUAAAUAAAUAAAUAAAUACAUAAAUAAAUAAGAAAUAAGAACACCGGCGCGGUGGAUCAGACUAACAGGAGCCGCAGAGUGAACUGAGAAUCGAGCGCUUUCUUUCCCGGAGCGCAACUUGGAAAACACGCAGGAUAACAGGAUAAACAACCGUACGUGUGGGAAUCUCUGUCUGUUUGAUUUUCGGAUCUGGGAAGCAGGAUGGAUGCGCGUUCGGUGCUGGUGUUGUGCGUCCUGGCCGGUUCCGUGACGGCGGACAGUAAAGCUCGGAGCUGCGCAGAUUUCCGACAGUUCUACUCCGCUAAAGGCUUCAAUCUGAACGGAGUCCCGCAGACUCAAAUGUCCGGUGAGCACUUGCGAGUGUGUCCACAAGGCUACACCUGCUGUACAAACCAGAUAGAGGAGAGUCUGACCAACCUGAGUAGGAGAGACUUUGAGGAGCAGGUGAAAGGAUCUGGACAGGCGUUACAAAUCUCCCUCAACAGCGAGUUCAAAAGCUUUGAUGUUUACUUUCGGGAGCUGCUGAACCGCUCGGAGGUCUCUCUCCACGACUCCUUCCAGUCCACUUUUGGUCCUCUAUAUUCCCAGAAUGCCCGGCUUUUCCAGGAUCUGUACUCCGACCUGCGCCGAUACUACCGCGGUUCCAACCUCAACCUGGAGGAGGCGCUCAACGAGUUCUGGUCGCGCCUCCUGGAGAGGCUGGUGCGAGCCCUGAACGGACGGUACAGCGUGAGCGAGGACUAUCUGGAGUGCGUGGUCAAACAGGCGGAGACGCUGCGGCCGUUCGGCGAGGCCGUGAGAGAGUUCAAGCUCAAGGUCACCCGCACCUUUGUGGCUGCCAGGUCCUUCGUGCAGGGGCUGGUCAAGGCUGGGGAGGUGGUGCGGAAAGUGUCCCAGGUUCCUUUGAGCACAGAGUGUAUACGAGCACUUAUGAAGAUGACGUACUGUCCCCAAUGUAGAGGAUUCGUCUCGGUCAAACCGUGCGUCCCCUACUGCAAAAACGUAAUGAAGGGCUGUCUUGCCAAUCAAGCAGAUCUGGACACAGAGUGGAAGAAUCUAGCAGGUUCUAUGCUACAGGUGGCUGAACGGCUAGAUAAACCCUACAGUGUGAAUGCUGCCAUUCUGUCUUUGCCCAGGCGUAUUGCAGAGGCCAUUGUGUACAUGCAAGACAACCUGAACACUUUUAAUAGCAAGGUGUUCCAGGCGUGCGGUAUUCCUCCAGAGAGCUCCAACCCACAGGAGCCAGUGAAAAAUAGCAAGAACCUUGUAGAGGGCACAGGAAACACCUCAGGAGCCAGGCUGGAGAAACUGUUAUCAGAUGUGUCUCGUAAACUGAGGGAUAUAAUGCAGUACUGGAUCCAAUUACCCAACAAACUUUGCACAGAACCUGAAGCCAGAGGACGUAAUGAGAACAACUGCUGGAACGGCAUGACUGUAGACAGGUAUCUCCCAGAGGUGAUGGGAAACGGACUGGCCAAUCAGAUCAACAACCCAGAGGUGGAGCUGGACAUCACCAAGCCGGAUAUGACCAUAAGACAACAGAUCAUGCAGCUCAAAAUCAUGACGAGUCGACUGAAGAACGCCAUCAACGGCAACGACGUGGAGUUUCAGGAUGCCAGUGACGACAUCAGCGGCUCAGGAAGCGGAAUGUGUCACGACAGUCACUGCAACCAGCCGGACAUAGUUUCCAUCACGCACAGACCAGACGUGCGCCCCGUCUUUCCCGAAAACAAGGGCGCGAAAGGCGACGGGAGACGGAUCCUCCCGAACUCCGCCCUCUACGCGCUCCCGUUGGUCACGCUGCUGCUCAGGCGAUAAUCGACGCAUGGUUCGGGCGAACGGGACUUCGAACGGGACAGGGGACAGAC